GUGACGUGACCGUCGCUUGUAGCUAACUUGAUGUAAAUAAGUAGUAGACUUAGCCACCGCCUCAUGAUACGAUCCUUCUCCAAGCUCGUCUCUACGCAUUUCUCAGGCAUACAAGUCGAAAAUCGAGACCUCACAUAAUCCGCAAUCAUGCCUUCCGCUCAGUUCUUUAACUAUCCCGGCACCGAGAUCAAUGCCGAGCAAUACCACUACUCCCAAGCUGUCAAGCUCGGCAACAUAGUUCGCACCUCGGGCCAGGGCGGCUGGGAUGAAAAGGGUGGCAUCACUUCCGACAUCGAGAAACAAAUCGAGCUUGCAUUUGACAACAUUUUGAAGUCCCUCAAAGCCGUUGAUUCUGAUUUAUCACUUGACAACAUUUACGCAAUCCGCUCCUACCACACCGACAUGGACGCAAGCUUCAAUAUCAUGACUGCCCAGUUCAAGAAGCUGUUCCCCAAUCACCGUCCUAUCUGGACAUGUGUCCAGAUUGGAAAGCUUGCGUUGGAAGACAUGAAGGUUGAGAUCGAGGCUGAGGCGUUGCUACCUGCCUAAAGGACAGGCCACAAUGUGCUUAUAGAGGCAUCGCAAUGGACAAUUGGCGCAAAGUUUCUAGGAGUUUGUGUUAAGUUGCCCCUAGCAUGCACCUCUCUGCAAGUUGUACGUAACAUCGCACUUCAUUGCCUACGUGGCAGCUUGGUUUCAGGAGGAAGCAGAGUCAGUCGGAUGAUUUUGUCAAGUACGAGAGCGCAUUUCUGGAAAAGUCGAGCAUGGCUGUGGCCUACAUUACCCCCAGUUGUGUAGAUAUUACGCAGCAGGUCCGCGUCACAAAAAAAGUCUUGAGGAUUAUACUGCGAUAUCGCUCAUCUUGUAGAUUCUGACAUUUUCACGAAUCCGGCAGAGCCCCUCCUUUCAUCAUGAUAGCUCAACAUUUCGUCACAGUAAUGACAUUCUACUGCAUCACAU